UAAAGAUGAUGCAUUCUGGUAUCAAUCUUAUGCAGAACGUCAGCAAUAUGAUACCGCAACAUAAUCAUAGUAUGUCUUCCAAUAAUUCCGCUUCCAGUAAAAGUCAACAACAGCACAUCAGGAGGCCCAUGAAUGCAUUUAUGGUUUGGUCCCGAGCCCAGCGAAGGAAGAUCGCCCUCGAAAAUCCCAAGAUGCACAACUCCGAAAUAAGUAAACGACUUGGCGCGGAGUGGAAAACAUUGUCAUCUGACGAGAAACGUCCAUUUAUUGACGAAGCCAAGCGCCUGCGCGAGCAACAUAUGCGUGAUUAUCCUGAUUAUAAGUACCGUCCUCGCCGAAAGCCCAAGCCAGCUGUUAAACCGACUGAACCAGUAAUGCCUUAUGGAUUGCCAUACUUCCAGCCUGCUUUGGACGCAAGAGCAUUCAUUGCAAAUCAACAGGUGGGAGCCUACGAUGCCGAAAACAGAGCCAACAUCGUCAGCAACCCGUUGACAUCUUAUGGAAUGCCUUUUGCCCACUAUCCUCCCAGCAGUUAUAGUUCCGAGCCAUCAGCUGAGGCGCAACAGGGAUCGCCCACACCACAGCAACAGGCAGCCAACAACUUCUCGUCGUAUAAGUUCUUCCCGUACAACACAGCUCACCAAAGUGCCUUUGCCGGAGAGAUGAUGAGCCGCAGUGAGCCCAACAGCAGCACCAGCAGUCCGUCCAUGACCCAGCACAGCAGCCCAGAGCCUCAUCAACAGCACGUCCCGACGACAGCCCCACGACAUCCUAUGAUCCCGACGACCAUGCCCACGUCCAUUGCCAUGAACUUUCCGACUUACGGUUUCAAGCCCGAGAUGACAAAUCCUGCGAUGUCCUAUGGAAUGCAUAUCCCCUACAGUUCCCAGUACGGAUCGUCUGCAAACGGACCAUCCCCUGCUCCCGAAUCUCCCGCCCAAGGAUCCGUCCACGGAAGCAGCAGUGGCAGUGUCGUAAAAAGUGAGCCUUUGGACAGUUCGAGUAGCACAAGUCCAGUUGGACAACAAACACCGCCAAUGUACUGUAUGCCUCCUAUGUACGGAAUGACUUCAGAAUACAUUUCCGCUCUUCCUCCUACAUGUACGACUACGCUUCAUCAACUUUAA